UUUUUGGGCUUACGCUGUCCCUUUUUGAACCCUGCGUCCAAUCCUAAUCCUUGGCCUCACCCUAAUCCAUUUCUUUAUGCUUAAUUAAUCCAUGAGAGUGAGAGAGAUAGAGAGAGAGGGAGAGAGAGAAAGAGAGGUGCUUUGUUUGUCCGGUAAUGGCUGCCGCAUUGGUGGUGGUGGCCGACCUCCUCCUCUUCUUUUAUUUCGAACGAGACGCCAACCACGCGCCUCCCCUCCCCUCCCCUCCCCUGCAGUUUCCCUCUCUUAUUCAAAUCUCUCCUUUUUUUUUCUUUUUAGACGCCUCGGUCGGUGCUAGCUUGGUGACCGGAGCGCCACCUGUCGACGCCGGCCGGAGUCGGUGAGGUCCGGCGAGAUGGGCAGGGCGGCGCGGUGGUUUCGCAACAUGUGGGGAGGGAAGAAGGAGCAGAGGGAGCAGCAGCCGGUGGCGCCGGCGAGCGGGGGCAAGAGGUGGAGCUUCGGCAAGUCGUCGAGGGAUUCGGCGGAGGCCGCGGCUGCGGCGGCCGCGGUGGCGGAGGCGGCCGGCGGCAAUGCAGCGAUCGCCAGGGCGGCCGAGGCUGCGUGGCUCAGAUCGGUGUACUCCGACGCGGAGCGGGAGCGGGAGCAGAGCAAGCACGCCAUUGCUGUCGCCGCGGCGACCGCGGCCGCGGCUGAUGCCGCCGUGGCGGCUGCUCAGGCCGCCGUCGCCGUCGUGCGGCUCACCAGCAAGGGCCGCGCAGGUCCGGUGCUCGCCUCCGGCGGCGACGCCCGUAGCCUCGGCGCCGCCGCCGUCAGGAUCCAGACAGCAUUCAGAGGUUUCCUGGCGAAGAAGGCGCUUCGAGCGCUCAAGGCGUUGGUGAAGCUGCAGGCGCUGGUGCGCGGCUACCUGGUGCGCCGGCAAGCCGCCGCCACGCUGCAGAGCAUGCAGGCGCUCGUCCGCGCGCAGGCCACCGUGCGCGCCCACCGCUCCGGCGGCGCGCUCCCGCAUCUCCACCACCCACCCGCCUGGCCCCGCCGCUCGCUGCAGGAGAGGUGCGUGGGCGUGGACGACACGAGGAGCGAGCACGGCGUGGCGGCGUACAGCCGGCGGCUGUCGGCGAGCAUCGAGUCGUCGUCGUACGGGUACGACCGGAGCCCCAAGAUCGUGGAGGUGGACACCGGGAGGCCCAAGUCGCGGUCGUCGUCGUCGCGGCGGGCGAGCUCCCCGCUGCUCCUCGACGCCGGGUGCGUGAGCGGCGAGGAGUGGUGCGCCAACUCCAUGUCGUCGCCACUCCCGUGCCACCUCGCGCCGCCGCCGCCGCCGCCCCGCAUCGCCGUCCCGACGCCGCGCCACUUCCCUGACUACGACUGGUGCGCGCUGGAGAAGGCCCGGCCGGCGACGGCGCAGAGCACGCCGCGGUACGUCCACGCGCCGCCGACGCCGACCAAGAGCGUGUGCGGCAACCACUCGUCGUCGCCGCUCAACUGCCCCAACUACAUGUCCAGCACGCAGUCGUUCGAGGCCAAGGUGCGGUCGCAGAGCGCGCCGAAGCAGAGGCCGGAGACCGCCGCCGCCGCCGGCCGGAAGCGCGUGCCGCUGAGCGAGGUGGUGGUGGUGGAGUCCCGGGCGAGCCUGAGCGGCCUCGGCAUGCAGCGUUCCUGCAACCGGGCGCAGGAGGCGUUCAACUUCAAGUCGGCCGUCGUCGGCCGCCUCGACCGCUCGUCGGAGGCCGGCGAGAACGACAGGCAGGCGUUCUUGCAGAGGAGGUGGUGACCGCAUCCGCCGCCGCCGAGCUCCAAACAAUCCAUGGAAGUCAAGCGAGACGACGACGACGACGACGACGAGAGCUUUUUGAGUAGUAAUUAGAAAUAAGAAUGCGUUUUAAUGUGUUCUUGGGAGCUCUCUCGUCCUUAUUUUUAUCUCCUUUUUUCCCCUGUUUUUUUUUAUUUUGUGAUGAAUCAUGUGAUUUUCAGUUUAUUUUCUCAAGUGUCUUUUCUUUUUCUUCUUCUUCUUUUUGUGUGUUCAUGGGUGCCAAACCAGUCACAAGUGUAUGAGUAAAAUUUGAUUCAUAGUGCACUUGGAUGUAAAUUCUUGCUACCUAGUUG